GGAACGAUGCGUUUGGUAAAUGUGAUUGGUAUCAUCAACAUUCCUGUUACAUGGAAGCGGGGAGAUACAACAUUGUACGUACAAUUUCCUUGACCAACAGUAUUCCUUCUGCUAGGAGGUAGACACGUUUUUGCAGAUCGAGAUUACACUGCGCUAUCUUCUAUGCAUCUCUACUGGAGUCUACCUACCCACGGGCCGACCUAAUGAACAGCGUCUCCAAAAGUGGUGUUGGAAGGGUAUAAAAAGAGCUGGUGUAAACGUACUCAGCUUACUGUUUAUCUGUACUCCACCAUGGCCGAAGCGGAUGAUAGAAUGCCUGGAAUCGACCGGAUCUUUAAAAAUGCCACCAAGAGCAUUGAAGAUGCAGAAGAGGCCAUGAGCAAAGCCAGGGUGACCUUGGAGAGAGCUAAGGAAUCCAAGGAUGGGCGGAGCAAGAUCGUGUCCACAGCUAGCGAAGUCGUUCAUACCUUGCUAGAGCCAGCUUACCAGGUGGCGAAUCUAUUGCAAACUUUGGGGAGCGUGUGUCCGCCAUGCAAAGCUGCCGGACAAACACUCCAGAGCAUUGUAGCCCUCGAGUCCAAACGUCGCGAGAACGAUGUUCGAAUCGUGCUUCUUUUCGUCGAUAUGUCUACAACUUUGAUAGUGCUUGGAACUCUGAAACCAGGAUUCCAGGAGAUCCAGGCUCUAGUAGUCCCUCUUAAAAAAGUGCUGACCGGCAUUUGCGAUACAAUUCAAAGGUUUGGACGGUUCAGCGGAGAGUUCUAUGGAGCAAAGGGUUUGAAGUCCACGCUCAUACACCUUGUUUUUGCGAAUGGAAACAAAGAAGAACUAAACAAAUUCCACUCCGGCUUACAGGAACACAAGACGGAGUUGAACAACUUGCUCACAGCCCAGACAAAUCUGAUUACAGCAUCCAACAAAGUGUCAUUGGAACGCAUUGAAGUUAAAAUUAAUCUGGUGUACGGCUUCUUUGCAUCUCUCACCGAUGAGAAGGAAGACCAGGCGAUCGAAUUCGUUAAAAGUCAUGGAGGUGAGGAGAAUGUCAAGAAUAAUGAUUCACUCCUCGAUAAACUUGCGUCAAAGUUUGGAGAGACUAUCACUCCAAACGUCCUCAGAGCGAUCAAAGAAAGUGCAGAUGAGACCAGAAAGCAGAGCAGUGCCCUGUUCGAUCUCAAGUUCGAUUUUGUUUUCAAACAAAUAGAACGUUCGACGAAGAUGAUGAUGACUAAAGUGGAUUCAGGGCUUUAUGAGCUCAUAAGUGACAACGACAUGAAGGAUGUCUGGAUGACAAUUGCGACGAAACAAUCAAACGUCAAGAGGCGACUAUUCAUUGAUGCCACAGCCUACCAUUUCAACAGUAAAUGGAGGGAUAACAAAGUAGAUCAUGAAGAUGUCUGGACAAAGUCUCUCAUCUCCAAAGUGCAUUAUCACCCAGCUAUCGGGGACGCCAUUGAUGACGACGCGAGUGGAUACAUCUCUAUUGAAGAACUGAACGAGUUUUUGCAUAAAAAACCAACGAGAUGGACCGUACCAGAAUGGAUUGCCUACUGGGCAUAUGGUUGGGAUGCUGAUAACAUCUUUUACAAAGAGAAGAUCGAGGAAUCCUAUUCUCAGCUCGAAAUGCAGCGCGUCAAGCACAAGAAUCUUAUGAAACAGUAUCUCGAAGCGCAAAAGACAAUCAAAUUGAUUGCAGGGAGUCCUUACCCUAUGAACGGUCUAGAGCCGAUCGCAAAGGCUAAAAUGAACAAUUUGCGUAAUGAGUGGCGCGCUAAAACUGAGAAAAUCAUUGGAGAUCGACUGGAAAGUGUGAGCUUCAAGGUGGAUCAGACUUCCAUGGGUGCAAUUUGUGGUAGCGAGAGGAUUGAGGCGACGUUCCUACCGCUCGUUUCACUUAUUUUAGAUCACCACAUUCGCAUGCUAGGUCAAGAAGAUGUUACCGCCGAAAACAUAGAGGAGGCUAUAAGCACAAUUGAUGCCCUGUGCAAGAUUGCAAUUAGUCGUAUUCAUGACCUGUGGCACAUUUGGAGACGCCAGAGGUUUGAUGUGAACGUACAGAUACACUAUUAUGUCAAUGGUCUGUUUCAAGCUUAUUACGAGGAAAACCGCUCAGAUUUCCAGACAUCUAGCCUCGGGGUGCCCAAGGAUGGUUGGAACUCUAAGGACAAUGCAGGCAGUGCAUAUGAGCGAAAGGAUACUCCAGAUACGUUGGCAAUCAAAGACGGCAAAGGACAUAGUAAAGCAGGAGACGUGUAUUUGACGCCGACGAGAACUCCCAUUCAGAGUAACAAACGUCCGAGGCAUGACAUGGAGGAAGAUGCAGGAUACGGACUAGCAGCGAAAUCCAGGAAGAAAAGGACGUAGCAAAGUGGUGAAGACGCGGAUAUGAAACUCUGCUUUGUAAAGCGAAUGUAAUUGUCGUAGUACUAGUUAGUAGUGUUGAACAUGUCAUAC